AUGCCCGCGCAAACGCGCGAACCCGCGCUCGUCGACGACGGCAUCCCCGGCGGACCCGGCGUGUACAGCACGCGAUGUCCGCCCCUUCCCAGGCUCCGUCUCACGGAAUCGCGCGAGGUCGUCAGGCGCGCGGCGCUGCGAGCCAAGGGCGUCGACCCCGACCUCGUCGAGCGAUGCGUCACGCCAUCCGCCAAAAACAAACACGAGCGAACCGCGGACGCGGACAGCGCCGGCGACUCCCCCAUCUCUGAGACGGCUAAACCGUCCCCGCGCGCCGCGGACCCGCUCGCGGACCUCGUCGACGGCGCGGACGCCCUCUUCGACCUCCCCGAGGGGCGCAAGCGCGACCGCGGCGGCGGAGGCGGCGGAGACUUCUCCGUCGGAGCCAGAGCCGACCACCACCUGCGAACGAUGCACGACGUGCGACGAGUCAGAGCUGAGCGACGCGCGCUGCGAACUUUACUCCCGGGCAAGUGUUCGAACACGGGUAAAAGUGUUCGAUCGUCGUCGUCGAACCCCGGCGUCAAGGGGACGUAUUCGAACGUAGCCACGUACGGUGGUAAUAGGGGCGCCGACCGCGUGCUCGCUGAGGAGCGGAAACGGAUCGAGCGCGAGCUCAACGCCGCGCGGACCCUCGUCCGAAGGCGCGAGUGCGCGCACAACGCCGCGGUUAACGCGCGCGUCGGACGCGAACGCGAGCUGCGCGCCCUGAACGGUGAGCUCGAGGUGGUGGCGCGCGAGGCGGCGCGGGCGAACGACCUGAGCGGGCUCGACGCCGAGCUCGACGCCGCGCGGACAAAGGCGCGAGAAAAGCAGGCGCUCGCCGACGAGGAAGCCGAGACGUCGCUUCGCCGCGCGCACAUCGCCAGGCGCCUCACCGCGCACAACGUCGAGCUCCGCCGAGGAACCGCGGCGCUCAAGGCGGACCUCGCGGACGCCACGGCGGACGCGGACGCGUGCCGGGAGUACGAGCGAGGGGCGCUAGACGCCAGAAAACGAGCGCACGACGCGCUCGAGUGGGUUCGCGCCAGGUACCUCGAGCGCGUCAACGCGUGGAAGCGAGACGUCGCGCACGCCAAGGUGGAGCGCGACGAGUUGCUCGACACGCUCAAGGAGGAGAAGACCAAGGAGCGGAUCUUGGCGCGAAGGCUGGAACGGGAGCGCGCGAGGAGUGAGGCGGAUUGCGUCGGAGCCAAGCGAGCCACCGAGUCGGCUCGGGAGGAGGUGACGAGACGGGAGAGCGAGGAGGAGUGGUGCCGCGCCGCGCUGCAGAGGCUGGCGUCCGCCGCGGGUUUGCACGACGUCGUCGCGCUCACGCCGGCGCAGAUCCUCGCGCAGCUGGAGAAGUCGAGGGACACGAGGGCGGCGGCGGAUGCGCAAAUCGUCGAGGCGCAGGAACGGGAGCGAGCCGCGUGGGCGACGCUCCUCGCCAAGACGGAGGAACUCAGGGCGGCUCGACUGGGCAUCGACGACGACGACGACGACGACGAUGGUUACGACGACGUGGGCUCGUUCGGCGGCGCCUCGGUCGCCGGGCGCUCGUCGCGAGCCCGCUCGGUCGCCGCCAGUCGCGCGAGGCGAGCGACGCUCCAGCCGUUCGAUGCUCGACGCUCAACGUUCAACGAUCCGCCGCCGUUCAACGUCGGCCGUCCGUCCGUCCCGAGGACGUCCGCCGUCGCCGCCGUCGCGGGAAGGACGAGGCGGUCGAGCACGAAGCCGCCGGUGCCGAAGAUGUCGCGGAUGCGGGCGGCUUCAAUCUCCGUUGUAGCCGCGUUCUCGCCGUCGCCAAAACUCCCAAAUCGGGAACCUCCGAGAACCUCCGAAGGAAGGAAGGAGCGCCCACCCUUCGCCCGCGUCUCGGCUUUGGACGUGGGAUCGAGGAGGGACGAGCGACUGGAGCGCUCGAUCGCGUCGCGGGAGAAGGAACUGAACGCGAAGAUUCGCGACUUCAACCGCAUCACGUCCUCGCUCGCCACCAUGGACGAGGGCCUCAAGGCUGUGGACGACAUGGUCACCAGGGUCACCAGGGUGCCCAAGCGCGCGGAGCUCCGGGGAGGCGCCGCCGCCCGCGCCAACGGCGAGUCACCGGGCGUCCGCGGCAGGGGCGGCGGUAAGGCUGGCGUAAAGGCUGUCGGCAAGGGCGGUCCGACCUCCCGGAUGUCCGCGCCGACGUUCGCGUCCGACGCUCGAGCCAAGGAACGCGACAGGCGACGACGAAAAGAGCAGCAGACGUCCUCGCCCGCGCUCACCUCGCUCGACGAGGAAGAAGAGGAGGAGGAAGAAGAAGAGGAGGACGACGACGGCGGCGACGGCGGCGACGGUGGCGAGAUGAACCGCGACGCUAGGGACGCUCCGAGGCGCAGGGCUUCCGAUCUGUGGAGCGCGGUCCGCCGUUCCAUUCCCGAGGACUCGGAGGAGGUUUCAAAGCGCGACGCCGCCGACGCCGACGACGCCGACACCCGCCGCCGCCUGCCCCGUCGCUCCGACGCGAUCCUCGCGAGGUACGAGCGCCUCCCCGGGCGACUCGACGCGCUCCUUCGCAGGAUCUCCGGCGUGAUGCGCGCGCUUCCGAGCGGCCGCGGGCGCCGCGCCACCGUCGUCCUCGGCGCCGGCAGAUCCUUCGCCAACGGCGGCAGAGGCGUGGGUCCCGAGCACUUCCUCGCCGGCGUCGGCCAUCGCGUCGGCAAGGUGCCCAACACCGUCGACGAGGUGGACGACGACCCGGCUCGGAUGCGUCUGAAGCGCGGGAGGGCGUACAGGGAGAUGGCCAUGAAGUGGUGCUUCCGAGCGGGUCGACCCAUCGCGGGCGACGACGACGACGACGACAUCCUCGUCACCGGUGACGACGGCUUGCUCCAUUUCGGGGAGGGCGCGAGACGGGAGAGCCCGUCCGCGGAGAACGACGAGGACGCUCGACGUAAGAAGACGCUCGCGGCGAUGGCGAGCGUCGGGCUCGGCGCCGCCGCGUUCAGGAGGUUCGUGCGCAAGGAACGGAGCGAACGCGUGCCGUCCAGGGCGGACCUCAAGACGCGAAGCGACAAGGCGGCGGCCAAGGUGGAACGAGCCAGGCUCGCCGCGGAGCGAAGGCGAUGGCGCGAGGAGGAGGAGGAGCGCAAGGCGGCGGAGCAGGACGACAGCGACUAG